AUGGGCAACGAUGCUGGACCUGGCGUGGGUUUCGAAUUCCCAAGCUUCGAGGUGUCGUGGAUGAAGCGCGAUCUGCUGCUCUUUGCGAACACCAUUGGAGCUACGUAUCCAGAUGAGCUGCAUUUUCUCUAUGAAUUGCACCCUUCCUUCGCCGCAUUCCCCACAUACCCCAUCAUCCUGCCCUUCAAGCACACAGAUCAGGACGUCAUCGACUUCUACGCGCGCAGCAACUCCGAGCCCAUCGCGGGCGUGCCCAAGUUCGACACUAAAGGCGUGCUCGACGGCGAGCGCAAGAUCGAGUUCUUCAAGCCGUUACCCGUUACAUCCGAGGGCCGCACGUUUGAGAUUAGGAGCAAGGUGCUGGGCGUGUAUGACAAGGGCAAGCCCGGUACGGUGGUCGAGACAGAGCAGAGGCUUGUGGAUAAGGCGACGGGGGAGACGUAUUCGCGGGCGGUAGGGAGCGGGUUUUAUGUUGGUCAGGGGGGUUGGGGAGGUCCUAAGGGCCCCAAAGUCCCCAACUACCCUCCCCCAUCCCGCGCCCCCGACGCAUCCCGCACCGUGCAAACCACCAUGGAAACCGCACACCUCUACCGCCUAAACGGCGACUACAACCCGCUGCACGCGGACCCCGCGCCGGGCAAGAAAAUGGGCUUCGGCGGGCCCAUCAUCCACGGCCUGUUCUCGUGGAACUCGGCCGCGCACGCCGUGCUGCAGGCUUUCGGCGCCAGCAAGCCCGAGAAUAUGAAGGAGUUUCAGGCCCGCUUUGCAGCGCCGGUUAAGCCGGCGGAUAAGCUGGUCUUUGAGAUGUGGAGGAUGGGGAAGGAGGGGGUGAGUGAGGGCGGGUUUGAGGAGGUUAGGUUUAUUGUUAGGGUGGAGGGUGGGAAGACGGUUUUGACUAAUGGGAGGGCGAUGGUUAGGGUUGAGGGGCUGGUUAGGGCGAAGUUGUAG